UUUUGGUAAAUGAGUAGAAAAAGUUAAUAAAAUUUGGAAAAAGCAGGCGGUGUCAAGAAGAUCAAUAAUUAGAAAUACAUUUAUUAAACAAUUAAUAUAUUAUUCAAUUAAGCCAUUAUGAAUAGCAUCAGAUUAUUAAGAUCACUUCCCUCACGUCAGUGGCGUUUAUUCUCGCGAUGCACCGUCCUACAUCAAGAGGUGGCGGAAGCAAUAAAUCCUCUUACUAUACCGCCUCCCGAAGGUGUAGACAAACCAGUCUCUGCUAAAAUUGAAAAAAUAGUAUCAGAAAUAACAACUCUAAACUUACUGGAAGUGUCAGAACUUAGUCAAGUUUUGAAAAAGAGGUUGAAUCUUCCCGAUGCACCAGUAAUGCCAAUGGGAGGUUUUGCUGGCAUGGUAGCACCUCAACAAGAAGAGGAGGAAGCUACACCAAAGGCUGUGAAGACAAGCUUUACAGUUAAAAUGACCAAAUUCGAUGACAAACAGAAGGUGGCACUGAUCAAAGAAGUCAAGAGUCUUCUAGAAGGAUACAAUUUAGUGCAAGCCAAGAAGUUUGUGGAGAGUGUACCUACAGUUGUUAAGGCUGACAUUUCUAAAGAUGAAGCCGAAAAAUUAAAAGAGGCUUUAACUAAAGUUGGUGCUGUUAUAGAAAUUGAUUAGACAUAGAAAUGAUUUUUAAUUUUAGUGUAUGUAUAUUAAAUUAGUGAUUAAAAUAUUACAAUCAA